AGUACUGCAGGCUGUGUUCAGUAGUCUGCAGCAGCAGCCGUCAGUGUUCUGGAGGAGAGACACACACGAGGAGCGGUGCAGUAGACGGAAAGGACGGAUUUUGUGAAUUUCAGUGAGCUGCUGGAUUAUCGUAUUGUAUGCGGGAGGGUUUCCGGUGUUUGAGGAGGAAUACUGAUGACGAGCUCUUGCGUCCCACUUUUCUUCUGGGAUUCCAGAUGAGACGUUCCGUUGAACAAACGGCUGACCGAACCAGUGUUCUGGCUACUGGCUGUUAGGAUAUAAGACACCAGAGAAGACGGUCAGUCUGGAACCACCAGCGUCUCAGGACGUGUUACUGAUGUUCUUCGUUCUCCAGCUCCCAGCAUGCUGGGCCGCUGAGGGUUGGUUUAACUGAAUCAGAGUGUCGAUAAACGGACACUAGGAGGGGCGUGGGAGACACCAAAAGGAGAUCAGAGAUCUUUUAAAGGAAUGAAGAGCUGUUUCAUGAUCUGGUAGAAACCCUAAACGCUAUGAUGGACAGUGAGGUGUUUACUCCUCUCCUGGAGGACUUCAUGCUCACGCCUCUGGUUUCUUGGGUGAAGAAUGUGAUCCAUCAGACGACAAGCGAUGGAUCCAAACUAUCGGAAUAUAUUGCAUUGGUGGAUGGGAUAUACCUGAACGAGAUUAUGCUUGAGAUAAAUCCCAUGGCGACCGUGCAGAGGACCAACAAGAAAGUAAACAAUGAUCCAUCACUGCGCAUUCAGAACCUCUCUAUUCUCAUCGGGCAGAUCAAAGCCUACUAUCAGGAGAGUCUCCAGCAGCUGGUGAUGAUGUCUCUACCCAAUGUGUUGGUCAUCGGCCGCAACCCCCUCUCUGAGCAAGGUCUGGAAGAGGUGCAGAAGCUGUUACUGUUGCUGCUGGGGUGUGCUGUUCAGUGUGAGAGGAAGGAGGAGUACAUUGAGCGCAUUCAGACUCUGGACUUUGACACCAAAGCAGCUAUUGCGGCCCACAUCCAAGAGGUGACACACAACCAGGAGAAGGUGGUGGACCUACAGUGGCUGGAGGGAGGGGAGCUGCCCACCGAGGAUCUGGACGGCCUGACCCGGAGCCUGGCCUUCCACCUCAAGCGCCUGGUGGACGAGCGGGACACGCAGUUCGAGACCAUCGUGGAUCUGACCCAGGAGCGAGACUUUGUGCAGCUGUCCCCCCUGGUGCCCGGUCCCGGCAUGUCCCCGGGGGGGGACUCCCCCAGCAUGAGGCGGACGGAGAGCCGGCAGCACCUCUCUGUUGAGCUGGCCGACGCCAAGGCCAAGAUCCGCCGCCUGCGCCAGGAGUUUGGAUUUAGUGCUGGAGACACGGACAUACCCGUCAGAUCGGACCCGGGCGCUGCUCUUAUGCGCAGCGAAAGAGCGCAGAAACGUGCUUGCCAGGCAGAGGAACGAGAGACCAUAGAAGCAUGCAGGGAAUUGAUGGAGGGUCAGUUGACAGGAAGGGAGGAAGCAUGUCAGGAACUAGAAGAAAGUCAGGGCAGCAGCACAAAAGUGGAUGCCAGUACCCAGACUGAUCUUGCUGAAUGUGGAAGUGAAGGUAGACACAUUGUCCUUGUGAGCAAAGGCACAAUGACUGACGACAUGUACAACAUGCAGGGUGUCUUUAGUGACCACUCCUACUGCACAUUGUUUGAUGACACAAGUCUGGAGAACAUCUCAAUGCCAAGGGCUUCAUCACCACAGCAGAGUGAGGUAUCAUUCCUGUCUAUGAGGAGUGAGGAGUCAGUCCAUGAAGAGAGUGCUGAGGAGGACAUGAGUUUAGAUGAUGAGUUUCGGCUGAGUGAAGAAGACACAGACACGAGUUUUGACGAUGAUGAGGAGCCUAGACUCUCAGAUGACGGAAAGAGUGUUGUUUCUACCAAGCAACUUUUGAAACUGUUCAAUUUGUGUCACUGGGAAAAUUGUGGGAAGUGUUUGAUGGAACCACCGGUAGUUUCAAAAAGUGGAUUUGGAAUGACGGUAAAUACGGAGUGCAUUGAUGGCCACAGAUACGUCUGGCAUUCCCAGCCUAUGGUGAGAGGCAUGAUGGAGUGCAAUGUGUCCAUACCAACGGCAGUGUUUGUAACGGGGAAUACAUGUACUCCAUUCAUAGAGCUCUGUGAGGCUAUCGGAUUGGAGAGCCUGUCAAAGAGGCAGUGGUUCAACAUCCAAAAGGCCUAUGUCAUCCCGGUAGUCAACGAGACAUGGUCUCUCCACAAUCAGGCCAUCAUGAGCGCUUAUGCCACCAAGAGAAUAAAGUUCUUGAAAGAGAGCUUUCAGGCCCGACUUCGAGUAGCUGCACUGGACCACAACCACAAUGUCAUCCGUGAGAAUGCAUCAACCAAAGAGGGGGAGAAGCAAAUGAAACACUACUUCUCAAAGGCUUCUAAGCAGUAUGUGGUGGCUCCAGUGAAGAUGCCCAAAGACUACAGCUUCAGAAAGGACAUAGUAGCAGGAGCUCUUAAGAGAUGUGAGGCAAUGUCAAUCCGGAAAGCACUGCGGGAACAUCCAAAGGAGAGAGUGGUGACCAUCGCUGAGCACAGAGGAGUCAAAAAACCAGACAAGGAUGUGUCUGGAGUUGAACUAGAAUCUUUUAGAUCUGAUAAUAUGAUCUGUAAUAGUUCUGUCAUGAGCUCCUUGAGACCAGAUAAUGUCAUAAAACGUGUUUGUGUGUGUGCGCAGCUGGAGCAGUUGAAGAGUGAGUUGGCUGCAGACAGAGAGACCCUCCUCAGCUCGGAGUCCCUCAGCACCGACCUGAUGAAGGAGAAGGCUCUCCUGGAGAAGACCCUAGAGACCCUCCGAGAGAACUCAGAAACACAGCUGAAGGGCAUGGAGCAGGAGAACCAGCACCUGGGCCAGAUGCUGAGUGCCCUGCGGCAGCGCUGCCAGGUUGGGGCCGAGGCCCGCGCAAAGGACGUGGAGGCGGAGAACCGGACGCUCCACGAGUCCAUCUGUGAGACCAGCGCAAAGCUCAACAAGAUCGAGUCUGAGAGGAAGCAGCUGCGGAAAGAGCUGGAGUUGGUGAAGGAGAAAGGGGAGAGGGUGGAGGAGUUGGAGUUUCAGCUGCAGAAGCUGGAGAGGGCGAAUGAGAGCCUGCAGAAGAAAGUGACCGGUCUGAGCAACACCUGUGAAAAGGUGUCCUCCCUGGAGAAGGAGAACGGAGAGCUGGAGGCGGAGGGCCGGCGGCUGAGGAAGAAGCUGGACGGCCUGAGCAGCAUGGCCUUCCAGCUGGAGGCGGCAGAGCAGGAAAGCCUCCAGCUGGAGCAGGAGAACCUGGAGCUGCGGCGUUCCGGGGCCAGGGCCGCCCAGCUGGAGGUGGAGAACCGGGAGCUGGAGAGUGAGCGCAUCCAGAUGAAGCGCAGCCUGGAGAUGCUCAAGGCUUCGUCCAAGAAGACUGAGAGGCUGGAGGUGAGCUACCAGGGCCUGGACACAGAGAACCAGCGGCUGCAGAAGGCCAUGGAAAACAGCAGCAAGAAGAUCCAGCAGCUGGAGGCGGAGUUGCAGGAGGUGGAGACAGAGAACCAGACGCUCCAGCGCAGCCUAGAGGAGCUCAAAAUCUCCGGCAAACGCCUGGAGCAGCUGGAGCAGGAGAACAAGAGUCUUGAGCAGGAGAGCUCUCAGCUGGAGAAGGACAAGAAACACCUUGAGAAGGAGAUCAAGCGGCUCCGGCAGCAGGCGGAGAUCCGGGACAGCAAGCUCGACGACAGCAGCCAAAGGCUGUCCUGCCUGGAGAAGGAGAACCGCUCCAUGGGCAAGGAGAUGAUCUUCUUCAGGGAUUCGUGCACGCGGGUCCGGGACCUUGAGAAGGAGAACAAGGAGCUGGUCAAGCAGUCGUCCAUCGAUAAGAGGACCCUGGUAACGCUCCGAGAGGAGCUGGUUAGCGAGAAGCUUCGGACUCAGCAGAUGAAUAACGAUCUUGAGAAGCUGACUCAUGAGCUGGAGAAGAUUGGCCUGAACAAAGAGAGGCUCCUGCACGACGAGCAGAGCUCUGACGACAGGUUCAGGCUGCUAGAGUCCAGGCUGGAGACGACUCUGAAUUCCUCUCUGGAGAUCAAGGAAGAGAAGAUCGCUGCCCUAGAGGCCAGACUGCAGGAGUCUUCCAACCUCAACCAGCAGCUGCGACAGGAGCUGAAGACGGUAAAGAAGAACUACGAGGCCCUGCGCCAGCGGGAGGAGGAGGAGCGAAUGACGGUGCAGAACUCGCCCCCCCGAGGAGGGGAAGAGGCACAGAGCGCCAGCAGGUGGGAGAAGGAGAGCCACGACGCCACCCGAGGGCUGCUCAAGGUCAAAGACCGCCUCAUCGAGAUCGAGAGGAACAAUGCGACACUGCAGGCUGAGAAGGCGGCGUUGAGGAGCCAGCUGAAGCAGUUGGACACCCAGAGCAGUAACCUUCAGGCUCAGAUCGUUGCGGUGCAGAGGCAGACAGCCUCGCUACAGGAGAACAACACGGCGCUGCAGACACAGAACGCCAAGCUACAGGUGGAGAACUCCACCCUGGGCUCCCGGGGCGCGGCCCUCCUAGCCCAGAACUCCCAGCUGCAGGGGCAGCAGAGCAGCGUGGAGGGGGAGCGGGAGGGCGCACUGCGGGACAGGGAGGAGCUGCGCUGCGCUCACGAGCUACUGCUGCGGGACCACGACAAGCUGGCCGCGCUGCACGAGAGGCAGGCCGCCGAGUACGAGGCCCUGAUCACCAAGCACGGGGCCCUGAAGGGCCACCACAAGGGCCUGGAGGCGCAGCACCGCGAGCUGGAGGACAGAAAGGCGAGAGAGUUACAACGGAUUACUCUGCGCAACAUGUCCAUCUCCGUGUUCCCGGACUAUACCCCCAAGACGGCCCGGAGUCGCGCAGCCUUUACCGAGGUUCGGCACCUCCUACGAGCCAUCGAUGGAGUCAGGUAUAAGCAGUAUAUGCAGCGUAAGGGGGAGCUGGAGGAGCUGGAGAAGACUCUGAAGGAGAAGCAGGAGAAGAUGGCGUCGGAGAACCAGUCCCACCAGGACAUGGCCAGCCAGUUCAAACUCCUCAAGGAGGAGAACGACAGGCUGAACACGACGUAUCGCCAGCUGUUCAGGGAGAACGAGACGCUCACAAUGGACCACAAGAGCACCAAGAGCCAGCUGAACAGCAGCAAGCUGGAGCACGCCCGCCUGGAGGCAGAGUUCUCCAGGCUCAGGGAGCAACAUCAGCAGCUGGACAUCAGCUCCACCAAACUCACAAACCAGUGUGAGUUAUUGGGCCAGCUGAAGGACAACCUGGAAGAGGAGAACCGCCACCUCUUGGACCAGAUCCACACCCUGAUGCUGCAGAACCGCACCCUGCUGGAGCAGACCAUGGAGAGCAAAGACCUCUUCCACGUGGAGCAGAGACAGUACAUAGAUAAGCUAAACGAGCUGAGGAGGCAGAAGGAGAAGCUGGAGGAGAAGAUCAUGGAUCAGUACAAGUUCUACGACCCCUCGCCCCCCCGCAGGCGUGGCAACUGGAUCACUCUGAAGAUGCGCAAGCUGAUCAAGCCCAAGAGCCAGCGCGAGCGAAUGCGCACACUGGCCCUGACGCCUUCGCGCUCCGAGUACGGCCCCGACGGCUUCCUGCCGCCCGACAGCCAGGACAGCUCGUCCAUCGGCUCGGGCUCCAACUCCCUGGACGACACGCUGGCCCCGGCCCUGCAUCACCGCAGCAGCACUUUGAAAAGGUUGCCUUUCAUGAGGAACCGCUCCAAGGACAAAGACAAGGCCAAGGCUGUCUACCGGCGCUCCAUGUCCAUGAACGACCUGCUGCAGACCAUGGCGGUGGCCGGGGGGCCCGGGAGCCAGUGGACUUGUAGCAGUGAGUACCUGGAGGGCCCGGAGCACGCAGGGGAUGCCGACACGCCCUCCGCUAACGGGCGUGGACGGCAGCGCAUGAAGGAGUUGGCUUUCUCCACCGACGCCAUCGACUGCGCAACGCUGAGCCUGCCCAUCAACGGCAGAGUCAAGCAGCGGCUACGGGCCACAGACAUGGCCUCCACUGAGGACAUGCUGGGUGCCACAGAUGAAGCGAGAGCGGGACCAGGGCUCACUCUCAAACAGGCUGUGGACCGAACAGGUCUUCCCGGCGCGCUGAACGGUUGCCUGAGCCGCCCGCACAGCGAGAGCAGCGGGGAGUUCAGCCUGAGUCUGGACCAGGAGGUGUGGUCAAGCAGCGGCAGCAGCCCCACCCAGCAACACCCCGCCCGCACCUCCCACCAGAGCCCCUUGCAGCCGUGCCGGGCCCUGGAUCCCAUUAGCCCUGCCCAGGGCCCCGCCCGCAAUACCCUCACCCACGACGUCCUCUCCCUGCAGCAGUUCUUGAACGAGGGCAUUGAACCUGCCGAGUCGGGCAGCCAGGAGAACCUGACCAAGGACUCCGCCCGCCUCUCCACCUCCUCGGAGACCCCUGGCUCGACGGAGCGCCCCCCCGCCGCCACCAAGACACGGGGUAUCCUGCGCUCGGCCAGCAGCAAGGCGUCGGAGCGCCCGCUCCGGUCGGGGGGGCAGGCGCCGGGACGUCCCACGUUGCGCAAGACGGAGAGCACCCGCGUGAGGGGCACAGCGGCGCCCCGGCCCGUCCUGGCUGCGCAGGGCCGCACCGCCUCCAUCUCAGACAGCCUGGACGCGCCGCCACCAGCCGCGCUGCCGCGGGCCAGCAGUGUCAUCAGCACGGCGGAGGGCAGCACGCGCCGCACCAGCAUCCACGACAUGCUCUCAAAGGACAGCCGGCAGCCCGUGUCGGUGGACGUUGGCCUGCCCCCCGCCGGCCUGCCCCCAGCCGGGAUGCGGCCCCAGCUUCCCCCCAGUGAGUAUCCCCUCCUCAACGGCCCCCCGCCCCUCCCUCUCCUGCCCAAGUCACUGAGCCUGCCCUGCUCUCGGAACCCUGAAGAGCCCGACCUCACCACCCUGGAGGCCUUUCUGGGCCCCUCCUUCACUGUGGAGUCCGUCUUUAGGGACUCCAUCUUUAGUCAGGACAAGAGCCUUCCGUUCCUGUCCCUCAACCCCAGCCUAGUGAGUAAUAUCAGUGGACCCCCGCCCCGUCCCAACCCCCCCGGCGACCCCACCCAGCCUCAGGUUGCCCACAGCCAAUCAAGGGAAGAUUAUGACGAGGGAGUCGGUCCCGAUCACGUGAUUGAUCCCGACCCGGCCCUUAGUGCCGAGGACAAGUCCCUGUGGUAUGAGUAUGGGUGUGUGUGAGGGAAACCAAAACUAUCAAAUCAGGAAAGGACUUUUCUUAAUGCAUGUAUUGAUUUAGUUUCUCAUUUGUUUGCAAUGGUGCUGUUGGGGAAAUCAAUAUUUGUUUUUCUCACCCUCUCCACCUGCGAUUGUCCUAUCGUUUCUUUACAAUCUCCUUUCUUGUUGGGUCUCCGAGCUGGAAAACAUUAACUACAUGUGGGUAGUUAAUGAGAUUAGGCCAGUGAUUCCCCUGGGGUGGCCGAAGGCCCAACACACAAAGCAUCAGUGGUCUUCCAUAUUUGCAUACACAUUUUUAUAAACCUCUAAACAAUAGGCGAAUUAGAAGGUACAUUUCACUAAACAAUUGGCCAAUUAAAAUGCUAAAUGAAAUUAGUGAAUCCCACCAGCUCUACAACAGCAAAUCAGAGCUCAGGUGUGGAUGUAACCCAUAGACUGUAUAUAAAACUGGUUCAACAGACUUCACAUAGACUGUAUGUAAUACAGAUGAAACUGACUUUCCACACGUUUACAUGGAAAGUAUCGCGUGGAAUCGCGUGCAUUACGUGGAAAGUAUCGCAAGACUUUUCUCACACCUAAAUAACCCUCCCAAACCAAUCCACUGGUACUGGUUUGAGAUGUAGAGUGUGUGUUGGAUUCUUUUUGGGCCUUGCGCCCAGAACUUUACCAUUUUUGGGGAAACACUGAGUGGUUCAUCAUGAUACUAGUCUAGCUUUUCAUUACCCAUAUAGUAAUGGGGCAGUCUGACAGAACAACAUGUUGGGCAGAAACCGUUUUGGCCCUUGCCAAAAUAGAUUGUAUUAAGGAUGCAGGCUAGGAUUCCCUGGGAUUCUACUGACUCCGUUUCACUUGACAUUAUUGAUAAAUGUAAAAAAUUUGAAACACUAACAUUUAUAAUGUGACCGAACAGCAACAGACAUUAGUAGAAAUAUAUCCACUUCCUCCUUUAUCAUUUUUGGUGUUAUCUUUUUAAUUUUUGGUAUAUGUGGUCUUUGCAUUAGCUUCUUCAUGGCUUUGGCUCCUACUGUAAACUGCUCUUUUUGAUUUUAGUCAUCAAAAUGCUAAUUGGUGGCUAUUGGAUGUUUUCUUUCAAAUGCUUGUUUUUCAUUUUCCUUUCAAUGUAUUUGACUAAAACUAAGGUUGGUUUCUUAUGUUCUGGUGGAUAUGCCCAAUAAUUAUUUAUCCCCAAAAUGGUUUGGUCUGUGAUGUUGAAACCGGAGCUCAGCCAAAAGAUGUCUGAUCUGAAGCGUCACGAUUAGGCAGUGAAAGAUGCACUAAAGCAAAGUACAAAUGUUUCCUCACAAGGUUCAGUUUAUUUUGUCAAUGAAGAAAACAAAUGGUUCAGUAUUGCAUUGUCCGUCAUUAAGUUAUAUUCAACACAGAGCAAUGCUUCACGCUUUAGUGCUGCACAUGAUUUUUUAUUUUUUUUUGUUAUUUGCUUAUUAUUUAUUUCAGUCUUGUUCUUUUUAAAGGCUUUAUUCUAGUGUUUAUCUGCAGUAGCCAUGUGUGUUGUUGUAAAGCCCUGAAUUCUCGGCGCUGUGUCCAGGUGUAAUGAGCAUUGCCCUUUGUCCUACAGAUGUGGAGGAGGUCUAGAGGGAGCGGGGAGGAGCUAGAGCUCCACAGCAGUGUGGUGAGUCGAGGUCCUGCUCUGUGAGCUCUCAGGUUUACAAACUCAGAACUGGGCUGGCUGGGCGUUUUCCGUUGUUGUCUUCAUGAGAACCUCAAAUAUGGCGGAGCAGAUGUCAUAUUUAUGCCCCCCCUCCGGCUUGAUGCAUCGCCAACACCCCGCCCCCUCGCCGCUCUCCCCCGGUGUCCCUGUGUUGACCAAUUGACUUGCUGCUUGUGACAUAUGGGGGGGCGGGCUCGGAGCCCCCACAGAUGUCUGGUGUUGACAUUGUCUCAGAGGGACGUCCACUUAUGUCCCCAUAGUGGUGCUGCUCUGUGCCUUGGUGCGGUGGUCCCUGCAGUGCAUGUAGGGUGGUGCUCUGCUCCUCCUCCCUUUCCCUCCAUCUCACCGCUUCUCACCUCCCUCCCCUCCUCCACCUUCUUACAUUCUGCAUUUGUUUUUUUUAAAUCUGUGUCGCUUCAAUGUGUGCUUUAAAUCUGUAUAUAUAUAUACAGAC